CCCCCCCUAACACACAUCCCCCUCCGACCAGCGUGGCUAGCCAAGGAACACGCCAUACUGGAAUCACCGCCACCGGCGUGUUGCAAGGGGAGCGCACUCCGCGUGCACGUGCGUGCAUCAGACUGGCAGAACCCCGCACACAGGAGGACGAAGAGGGAAUAAAAUUUUGCAGCAGCAAACAUCGUGCGGGUCCUCACCCGAUAGCCGAUGUCGAGCAGACGUAGGAGUUGACCCUAGUCUUUUGGUUUGUGUCAAAAAAACAUCAACGAAAAAAAAAAAAAGGAACAAAAUUUCUCUGGUGCUUUAGGCUGCCACUCGAUCCUCCGUUUGUCAAGUGGCCGGGGGACGAAAAAAAAAAUCCUGACGGAAAGCAUAAAGUUGUAACAGCCAUCACGAGAUUCCAAACGGAAACGAUGUAUUCUUUUUUCUUCUCUUCAUUUCUCCGACUUCUGCCGUCGCCAAACCACGCGAAGACGCUAAAUAAUUUGUAAUGCCACGAAAGAGAUGCCAAUGUAAAACUUGUACAGUUUUUAACCCAAACACGAGGUUUCUUUAGUUUUUCUUUUCUUGAACAGAUUGCGACCGAUGCAAAAGUGCAAUUCUGCUGCGUCAAGGAUGAGAGAAUCCUAAUGAUUGAAAUUACAGUUUUUUUUUUUCGGUAAGGCUUUCAAAUGAAGGUGAAGUAUUUCAAGGUGCUGAAGACAUCUUCGUUUUACAUCCAGCUCUCCAUCGCUGCUGGCACGAUUAUUUGAAAUGGCGGCAACACGGUUUUGAGCAAAUUUAAGAUCCUUGCAGGCUUCUUUUGAGAAUGGACUCUUGAAACCUCUCCUACUUUAACUCUCGCUGAAGGUAAUCAUUCUUGAAAAUGUAAAGAGAUACAUUGAGGAUCUAAAGUAUGAUGCAUUUAAAUAGAGAAAAAUUGUUAAGACAAGUAAAUAUGUAGGUAAAUUAUUAAAUAACUAAACAAAACUCUCGUAGAACCUCUGACAUGAUGAACUAGGCAGCUCGCGGCAAUAUCUCAAAAAUACCACCCGCUAAAAACGGACUCAUUGGAUUUCUGUGUUCAUUUGUCUCCGAAGAAUCAAAUAUCGCUUUCACUUUUGGCUUCACUAUUAAUUUUACUGGCCUGAAGCAAGUGACCCAGCGAUGCAAGUGUGAGGGAUUUUCUCUCUGGUUUUUACAGAUUCCCGGUUCCGGGCCCGGCUCUGCCACCAGGGAGAAGCUGAGUGUAUGGUUAUAACGAUUGAAGAUACAGUUUUAUAUCAACAGACUACCUGGUGGUGUUGUCAGUUGGACACACACUGCGUGAAGACUGGCGCAUUUGUUUGUGAGUUGACUCAGUGCCUGGCGAAAACACGUUGGAAAUACUUUUGAUGGAAAAACACCGGUGCCAGGUGUGCGAUCCGACUGAAGGAUCGGCAAUUGUUGUUGAUUCUCCGUAUGAGCCACCGACAGUUUGGUGAAAAAAAGAAAAUAGAGCUACGAAAGGUCUUUGCCAGGAAAAAAAAUCUUUUAUCUGAUUCUUUGUUUGUAUUUUUCACAUUUAUUGGUUUUUCCAGUGCUCCAUCCUUUUAUACCUUUCAAAGAUAUCUCACAAGGAAGCUGGCGUGUACCGUGUGACUCUAAGUCCAGAAGGAUUGGAGUGCUGAAAGAUUCUGAGGAAUGAUUGAAGACCAAGGUUUUCCAGAGCCCUUUACAGGAGAGGACGCUACGAAUCGUUUAAGUUCUCUCCCCUAACCAAAGCGGCUUAAUCCUCGUUACAAAAGAGGUAAGAUAACUCUGUCGAGCACACGCGACCAAUUUCUUGUAGCCUGAGAGAGAGAAGUCUGCUGUUGGUUGUUUUGUAUUUCUGGGAUCAACUACCCCGUCUGGCUGAGUGAGAAAAAGAAACAAAGAAAUGGCGACAGUAAAGACGAUGUUUUCCUCCGUCUGGGGCUAUUGAGAAACAUCGUCGUUUUCUUCUCUGUUUUCAUUCUCUAACUCUACAAUGUGGAAGUCGUCGCUAAAGGUGAAGAUGAUGCCAGUUGCCUGCAAUCUCCUGCUGCUGGUCUUCUCCAUGUACCUCCACACAGUAACAGGGGCUGACGGGACAUUUACAAAUGGCGAGGUGGUUGAGGACGAGGACGCAACGAAAUCUCUCUGCGCAGAGGACUGGAGCUUCAAGUGUGAUGAGAGCAUGCAGGAGUGCAUUGACCCCAAGUUUCUGUGCAACGGGGUCUCUGAGUGCCUCAACGGUCGUGACGAGAGCGUGGAGCAGUGCGGCUGCCUGCCCAACGAGUUUCAGUGCAAUCGCUCUCACUGCAUCGACGUCAUCAAGCGAUGUGACUUGACUGACGAUUGCCAAGAUGGAAGUGAUGAAAGGAACUGCGAAACCUACCUUUGCCCCUUGACACACGUCAAAUGUACCAACCACUUCUGCGUUCCUCGAGAUCUCAUGUGCGAUUACGUUGACGACUGCGGAGAUAAUUCUGAUGAAGCACAGUGCGAGCCCAGAGAAUGCGCUCAGACCGAGUUCCGGUGCAACAACUCUGAGUGUGUGUCCAUGAACUACAUCUGUGACGGCCAGCCAGACUGCAAGGACCACAGUGACGAGCUGCCAGAAAGCUGCGAGCGGAACUUCAAGUGUCCCACUGGCCUGUACAUCCUGCAGUCGCUGGUGUGUGACGGGUGGGAGGACUGCGUUUUCACACAUGCUGACGAGUUCCACUGUCGAGUGUGUCGGAGCGACGAGUUCCGGUGUAACAGUUCCCGUUGUAUCAGCCGCAACGCCGUGUGUGACGGAGUGUGCGACUGCAUCAACACCUGUGAGGACGAGAACGGCUGUCGUAACUACGGCUGCAAGCUGGGCGAAGGUUACCUGUGUCGCACCACACACCGAUGUCUGGCACCGGAUCUCGUUUGCGACGGACACAACGACUGCAAGAACACGCAGAACGGGAUGGACGAGCACUUCUGCCAGACAGGUAACAGGACCAACUGCAACGGUCUUCCCGUGGCCGAAUUCGGUGAGAACCCUCUUCUGUGCGACAGCGGUCAGUGUGUUCCAGAUUCCACCCUCUGUGACCACUACAUGGACUGUCUGGAUGGCAAAGACGAGGAGAAUUGUGAUUCAACAUUCAAACCGUGUGAAGAAAAUCAGUUCCAGUGCUCAAACAAACAGUGCAUUCAUAAAAGCGCGAGGUGUGAUGGGAAACCAGACUGCAUCGACAGGACAGACGAGGUGGACUGUGGCGACGAGCCGUGUCCACAACACACGCGCAGGUGCGGGGGCGGCCAGUGCGUGUCGGAGACCAAGUGGUGCGACUUCGAGCGGGACUGUCCUGAUGGCUCUGAUGAAAUGAGCUGCAGACCAGAGAUGCACCCACAAUGCACUGCCUCGCAGUUCCGGUGCAGCAGUGGGCAGUGCGUUGACCAAGACGUCGUCUGCUACGAUGGAAAGGCGGCCAAGAACCGAGGAUGCAAAGACAACUCCCAUCUCAUCAACUGCACGACCCACUCAUGCAAGGAGGGGCAGUUCAAGUGCCGGCGGUCUUACUGCGUGGACAGCGGUCAGCGCUGUGACGGAGUCGUGGACUGUUUGAUGGCGGCGUGGGAUGAGCAUGGCUGUGCUUUCAAGUGUCCGUAUUAUUCUCCGGUUUGUAUCUGUGAGGGGGAGGAUAUCCACUGUGAGAACAAACAGCUGACAACCCUGCCACACAUCGAGCGGAAAGCUGAGCCCUUCUCUAAGUUCCACUUUUCUGGUAAUCGUCUAGAAUUGACGGCAGACACCUUUGUGGGGCUGGACAGAAUGACCUACCUGGACCUCAGUAACAAUUCUUUAGAGUCCAUACCAGACGGGUGCUUCCAAAAACUCUGGAGGCUAGUUUACCUAAAUCUCAAAAACAACAAACUUCACAUACUAACGAACGGAACAUUUCAAGGACUGUCCAAUCUAAGGACACUAUUUCUGGAAGGGAACGAAAUUGGCACAAUUGUUCCUCAUGCGUUUGUUGGACUGGCAUCUCUCACGUCCUUAGACCUCAGUAAACACCGCCUGAGCAAGAUUCCACAAAAUGCCUUUGUUGGGCUUCGUAACCUCCACGUACUAUCUUUGUCUCAAAACCUCAUAGACACCAUAGCAAAUGGCGCUUUUAAUGGACUCGACAAUUUACUGAGUCUCGACCUGUCACAGAAUGUCAUUGUCUUGGUGGAAAAGAAUGUUUUUCACGGAAUGGGAAAGCUGGACACACUGUACACAGACGGCUUCUGGUUCUGUUGUCUGGCCGGGCGUGUACCCCACUGCUACCCGGAGCCUGACGAGUUCUCUUCGUGCGAGGACCUCAUGUCCAACUACGUCUUGCGGGUCAGCAUCUGGGUGCUGGGGAUGGUAGCAUCCUUUGGCAACCUGCUUGUGAUUGGCUGGCGGGCACGUGACAUGCGUUGUGGAAAGGUUCACUCGUUCCUCAUCACUAACCUCGCUUUGGGAGACUUCUUCAUGGGCGUGUACCUCCUCAUCAUCGCAGUUGUCGACUCGUAUUAUCGCGGAGUCUACAUUAUCUACGACCGGUCGUGGCGCACGUCUGACCUCUGUCGCUUCUCGGGCUUCAUCUCGACCUUCUCCAGCGAGCUGUCGGUCUUCACGCUGACAGUCAUCACUUUGGACCGCCUCGUCUGCAUCAUCUUCCCUUUGAAGCUCAAGCGCCUGGGCCUGAAGCAGGCCACCAUCGUCAUGCUGAUGGUGUGGCUCGCAGUCUUCAUCGUCUCCAUCCUGCCGCUGCUUGGCUUCGACUACUUCCGGGAGUUCUACGGUCGCUCGGGAGUGUGUCUGGCCCUCCACGUGACUCCGGACAGGCCUCCAGGCUGGGAGUACUCUGUGGCCAUCUUCUUGGUUCUAAACUUCGCCUCUUUCCUCCUCAUCUUCUUCUCGUACCUAUGGAUGUUCUUCAUCGCCAAGCGAACGAGGAGCGCCGUCCGGUCCAGCGAGUCCAAGAAUGACUCGGCCAUGGCCAGACGAAUGACCCUCAUCGUCAUGACGGACUUCUGCUGCUGGGUUCCCAUCAUCCUCCUCGGCUUCGCCUCGCUGGGCGGAGCGCGCUCUAGUAAUGAGGUGUAUGCAUGGAUUGCUGUCUUCGUGCUGCCUCUCAACUCCGCCAUCAACCCCAUCCUCUACACCAUCUCCACGGCGCCUUUUUUAGGCAACGUCCGCAAGCGGGCGUCGAGGUUCCGCAAGUCCUUCAUCAGCUCUUUCACCAUGGACAAUACCAAACACAGUUACGUCGACGAUCGAACAACGAACUCUUACUAUGACCGGAAAUCGCCGUAUCGGCAGAUGGAUUUAAUACGUAUGCGAAGUCUCAACAGAUCACCUCUUAACUCCCAUUCGGAAUCUGACAUCUAGAAAAGCCCAUGCACUCAAUGGGGGAUCCUGUCAUUGAAAUAAUCAGAUCUUUUCACGCAUUUUAAUUUGUGGCUGGUGGGACGCAUAGUGAUUGAUGUUUAAAGAUACAGGUACAAACUAUUGAUGGAAGAGCAGGAAUUGGUUUUGACAUUACCUUCUGAUUUCUGAGAGUCAUCAAGAUAGUUUUGGAAACACCUUUAUCCCCUUCCUCCCUCCCAAAACCCAUUUGAAAGUGAUUUGUGAGUUGCUCGUCUGGAGGAUGAAGGCGAUGACUAUGUGAUAAUGACACAUUGCACCACGACGACAGAGUAAUGCCCUGUGUGACUUUGUCAUCGACCUGUUCAUAAAGACGACGAAGUGCUGAGUAAAAAAAAAAAUAAAGUGCUUCUUAACUUUCUGUCAAGUCCAAAAGCGGAAUCUCAAACGAGGCUGGACUGUCCCCCGGUGACGUGUUGAGUCAACACACGGUGGAUAGGCUUUGUGUGACGUCACUUCGCCAACUGUUUAUGUGGUGCAUUGUAACGGGUCUACAUUAUGGUAUUUUGAAUGUCUUGUCUUUAUGUUGUGGCUGUAUCUUUUUUUUUUCAUUGCUGGGGUGGACGCUGGAGAAAGAUACGUUGAAUCAUCGUUAGAUUGUAUUAAUUUUGAACUCGAUAUCAUUAACUCGCGAUGCUGUUACCACUCGCGCUUGUUUGUUGACGGUUGUUGUGGGCUGCUCGACUGGUUGUUUGCAGAUCUUGAUUCAUGUGCAAAUGGUAUUUGUUACUCAAGGACCCCAAUAAUACAAAUCCAGAACAUUUCAGAGACCAGAGAAUUAAUCCAUUCUUUAAUCGAAGACAAACAUGUUGCAUUCAGCCUGAAUUCUGAGAGAGAAAUUUGUAUUUGUUUUCCAGGGUGGCUUUUAAAAUCCUAAAUAUUCAGUUGUGAGAUUCGUCUAAACACACCCAAAGUUAAUCUCAGGCCUAACAGUACUGAAACAUCUGGACAAGAGAAGAACUCUUACCUUUUAUGGACGGUCUAGACAGUAAAGAGAUUCAACGAGAAACUCUCGAGACUUCUAAGUACUCACACACAGUCCGGAAUUUUACGAACCCUAUUCGGCGACUUCCAAAGGUAUGGUCGAGAAAAAAAACCGACGGGUGACUGGUCUGACAAGUUUCUUUAAUGAUUCCUACUUUUUGUCAUGUCUGGCACAAGAAAUCUUGCAUUUUCCUAGAUUCGUACGGGUUGAAGAGUGAUGCCAGUUGUGAUAAACAUUUUUUUCGGAUGCUGAAGAAGCAUUCCAUGAAGUCCCUUUCCACGCUUUAACUGCUCUUCUUUAUUUUGUGCCCACGAGACGUGCCUGGCGAAAAAAGAUAUUGCUUGCUUAAAGACUACCAUGAGUGACAAAUAUUGUAAUCAAAAUAAUCAGUUCAGCUGAUGAUGUAAACAAAAGACUCUGAAAGUAACACGAAAUAUUGCGAUACAUCAAUUUGCCAUCUCAUCGCCAUUUUAGUUUUUGUCCAAACCUUUUGCAGUGCAAAGAUUCCCUGCUCCUGUCCGUCACCUCCUCCGAAAACUAUUCGUACACGAACUCAUCAAAAUUAUAAAAUUCAUUAUGCAGAAUUUAUGUUCAAAUUACCUGUCACAACUCAUCAAGUUAUCGGUUUCAGUAUGUCAAUACCUUCAGUUCAUAAUUACUCUUCUGAAGAUGAUGGUAAUGACAUUUAUUUAUCUUUGCGGAAAGUAAACACUCCCCUGAAUUAAAGACAGUUGCAGUACAGUGUCCAUCAUACCUGUUCACACAUUCUACAUUCAAGUAAACAUUCACAAACAUUCGACAAGACCUCUCACAACAAACAUUCCUUCAUCAACCUCUUUAGUUGACAAGUCUGGUGCAGGAGCAAAGGAGUGUCUAGAAUUUCUCGCCAAUAAAUAUGUUUCAUAUGAGGUCGGAAAUAUUUUAUUCAAAAAGUUGUUUCUCAACUUAAAUGACAUUUUUGUAGGUCGUUGCUCCAGCCAUCUUUUGACAUUGUUAGGGAAGACAAACUUACACUUGGAAAAACUAAAUCUUCAUUACAUUUUGAGUUUUCUCUGAAAAUGUCGAAAUGGCCAGAUCUUUGUUAGAGGGACGGUGGUAGGAUUUCAUCAGGUUCACGACCUUUUUAUUCUCUUUUUUAAUGUGUAGAAUUGUUAUGUUUUUAACCAAAAAAUGGUUUAUUUUCUUUUUGAUGUGGGAGUCAGGUGCCACACGUUGCUGAUAAAUCUGUGUGUAUCCGCCCACUGGCUGUGUUGAUUUUGCAUCUUUCUCUAGCUGAGAUGUGUUUUGUUUAGGAAUGGGCUUCUCCAUCUGCAGACAGUUGGAAUCACGUGUCGCAUGAAUUAGAGAAAGCAUGUGUCUGUAGUCUUCAUGUUCACUCCUAACUGGCUUACUGACUGCUGCGCUCGCAUUUUCCGGUUCCUUUUCUGUGUGACCUGCUGAUAUUCAGAGUAAUCCAUUCAGCUUAAACAGGUUCAUUCGCCCUCACCAGUGAAAACAAUUAACAAAAACACUGUUGAUGCCAGAGAUAAGCACAACCUGGAGAUGCAAUACCCAGGCCGUGUGGAGAGGGUGGGACAUUGUCUGGCAAUUGUCUGGUUCUCUUGUUUCAGGAGGAAAGCUAAAAGUAGAUCACACUUUUUAUUAUUAUUAUUAUUUUAUUUGUUUUGUUUUCUAUUGUUUUCUAUUUUCUGUGCUUCAGGUAGGUAGUCUGGAAGUCACAUCAACGCUAACCUUGAUACAUCAGUGUUUUAGUGGAGUGAGAGAGGCUCAAAGAUUUUUUUUCUCUCUCUCUUCUCUUCCAACAUCAAACCUAACUCACACAUAUUGACAAAACAGCCAAUGAUAACGGCAAUCCAUUCAAAAAGAAAAUCAGUCUCCAAACUCCAGGCGUAUUUCUCCAGCAAAGCUUAUCUCUAGGGCUGGACCGUUGAGCCACAGAUCCAUCCAUACUCCUGGGAGGUAAAGGGCGGUGUGGGAGGGAAUGGGACUUGCACUAUACGGAUCCAAGCUCAGCUUGUUAAAUGAAAUCUGAGGAAGCCAACGAGGCAGCGGGUCCGUUAUUACCAGAAAUCUGACAGACCAGACAGACAGGAGAUCGAUCACUAGAGAGAAUCUAUCAUUAGACAGGAGGGAUGUCAGGGUGGAAGGGUGUCAAAAUGACUCCACAAGUCCGGAAUUUCAACUUCUCUUGCUUUUUUUACUCUUAGAAGCUACUUAUUUGUAAACACAUUAUUAUUAUUAUUAUUAUUAUUAUUAUUAUUAUUAUUAUUAUUAUUAUUAUUAUAUUAUUAUUAUUAUUAUUAUUAUUAUUAUUAUUAUUGCUGUUGUUGUAAUUUUUCUACUCAGCUAUACUUCAAUCAGACACACCACAUCCCAUCCAGUUCAUGAACCACUGAAGUUCUGCUUUCUCCCUUCCUCAAACCCCAGUCAGUGUGUUUCUAAAUCAAAGAUGCUGUGCCAGCCCUUUAUUUUUAUCGUUCGCGUACAUGUUGAGUUGUGUUAUUUUUUUUGCAGCCGCUGCUAAACCUGGUUGUUAUUUUUGCUGGUCAUUUUUUUUUCUUUUUCUCAAACUUGUAACACGCAAAACGAUGCACGAGCAACGAAACAGGGGCUGACUGAACCCUCUGCGCCCAUCACCUCCCUGAUGCUCAAAGCAGAGGCUGCUGGCAGACCCUCACACUCGGAUUUCCAGUAAACCUCUCCGAGACGAGUGAUUGCAGCUCAUUCCUUUUAUGCGGACGGGUACCAUGGGAGAUAAAUAAAUUCACGCGUUUCCCGAGGUUCAAGACAAGAACCUCGCCGGCUUCUCCGUCGGAGGAAAACCCACAAGAAAAAGCUUUUGCCUUGGGAAUGGGGUAAUCGGAAGUAAAGGCACAAAUUGCUAAACUGCGCAACUAUUUCCCGCAUGGGGGGACCUACUGCAUACCUCUAGACACACAAACAUCUUUUGUUCCCAUCAGGCAAAUUGAAAGGGGGGUUACUCCAGUGUUGGUAAUGGGCAGAACGUCUGGUGAAGUAAAUUUUCGCUGGAUAUCAAAAGGUUCUAUCGCGAACACUCUACCCCGGACACUACACUUUAACCACUCUUUCUUUUCAGUACUUCCGAAGAAUUAUUUAGAAUUCCCAGAAAACAGUACAUUAAACUUUUAUAAUUUAGUACAACAUACAAUUUGUUUUAUUUGCGGAAGAAUACCCUUAAAUAAGCGAGACAAAACAAUGUUCUUAGUUGUAGACCACCGGAGACAUUUAUCCACUGUCUAAACUACAGAUGACAAGAACCCAUAGAGCAAAGGGUUUUAAUAUAAGUAUACAUUUUGCUUAAGGUCACUUUAUAAGUAACCGUGAUUUUUUUUCCAGCAAAAGUAUGAAGGUGCGAUAAUCGGAGCCCUCGCUGGCAGCUAAAGUCUCUUUCUCUCUCUUGCAGACACACGCAUGCGCUCUCUUCUUCUCUUCCUGAUUUUCUUUCUCCUUCCUUCUUUCUCUCUUUCCUAUCAGCUCUAUCCACCCUCACCCUUUCUCCCAUAUUCAAACGCUCUAUUUCUCCAUUUCCUGUCUGCUCAUCCUCUGAAUUACUCACCCUGUAUUCUUGUCUCUCGCUCUUACCUGCGCUAUGAAUCUUUACACUAAUUAUAGUCUGGGUAUAUAGUUUGCUUGAUUUCUACCCCUUCAAUUUAUGGAACUUAUUUUCUCCGAGCUUUACCGUGAUAACUGCUACAGGCGUUGUGUGAUAUAAACGGUGCUGUCCAAAAAAAUGUCAGAAAUAUGCUCAAAGUUCAGGACACUGAAGUGUGUCAUGUCCUCCGGCUUCAAGCCUUGAGUUUUUCUUUGUUAACCUUUUCGUGCAUGCUGUCGUGAAGUAUCAGUGUAGAUUUAUUAUUGUUAAACUUAUUUAUGAAAAAUUCAGUUCAUGGCUAUCUGAUCAAGAAUUGGAGAAAGCGUUGAGAUUUUCUAGACAAGUUCCUUUCUCCAUCUUGCACGAAUUUUUACGAAUUUAUGUUGCCAGGUGGAAAGCUGGUUCUGUUACAUUACCUGUUGAUUUAUGUAUUUUGUAUGGUGUAUGUUAAGUUAUUUAUAUUGGAUAUGUAAUAAAAAAUAAUCACACACACACACACACGAACUGUUUGUGAGGUUAAAGAAAUAAAAAAAUACAUGAUAGAUACAUUUCAAAGAAAACGGAUGCUAUAUCUUAUGGUUCUAAAUCUUUGAAAGACAAUGGUAUUGUAGUUUACCAUCACUGUCAGAGAAUUUUAAAGGGUGAAUCUUAUUCUGGGAGUAUGUUUUGACUGACCAACUGUUUACAUUAAAGCCACCUCGCCUUUUUGUUUCAAGCAACAAUAUCUGGCUACCUUCAUGUACAACUUAGUUCCCGAUUGUACUUUCUGAUGUUUUGAGAAUAGAGAGGCAAGAGGUGAAGGACUGUUAGUUCUAGCACUCAGCUUUAUGUAUGACAUUGUCUCAUUGCAAAUUGAUUUCUUGAAUGAAUAAUAUUUUGUUCAGAUUUCUAAAUGAUUUUUUGUCAUACUCAUACUCAUAACCCCAUCGAAUGGUAAAGCAAACUGUGAAUUGCAAUGUUUCAUAUAUCCACUAUUUGGUAAGUACUGAGUUCCUUUCUUUCCUGUAAAGGCCAUUGUCCACAAGGCCAAGUGUUGAUGAGUCGAACCUCACAAGUGCCACAAAGUCCUGCAGUGUUGGCCAAUGUCUUCGUCAUUAAGUGUGGACCGAAGUCCAGCAGUAUUGACAAACGUAUUGGCAACUAAGUUUGGACUUAGCAUCUCGACCAAAGUUUCAGUGUUCCGAGCGUUGACUCCAAACUUCUGGAUUUCUGUGACCUCUAUCUUCAGACACUGCCAAACCCGGUCAAAGGUUACCUGAUACUUGUCUCGUUCCUGAUGGCCUCUGAAGCUUGUCUCCAGCGACCACGUCACUGCUGCUGCUGCUGCUGCUGUAUCCUCACUCUCGCUGGACAGCCAUCCGGAUGUUCAUCUUCGUCAGCAUGUUGUCCAGCUCUCUGCUGUUCACAUGAAGCCGAAUUCUGCAAACAAAAGUUAUCCUGGAAAGAAAUCACGUGCUAUGACCAUGUUAGCGACGUCAUCUGUUGCAUCACUACCGACAUCAGCAUAAUUGUCGUCAUACUGUUAUGACUUAUUUUUGUGAAUGACGAUGAAAGUGGAAACUCGGUUUUUGCCAGUUGUUGCUGUUACGACUGCUGUUGGUUUCUUUUCUGUUGAAAAUGUCUUUGUGCAGGACUGUGUUCCCUCGAUUCUCAUAUUGUACGUUUUUGCUUGUUUUCAUAAAGUUUGUAAAACUGA